CAUACAAACAAAUAAAACAUACCUAUAUUACAUCAAUACAUAGAUCAUACAUUUAAACAAAUUUAUCAUAAGUCAUAAGUGAUGUCAAAUGCGAUGCUCUUUGAUAGUGAAUGGAAUAAAAUAGGCUGGCAUUGUCGGCAGGAUAGGAUAUAAUGUAGUCGUACCAUUAAAUUGGACUCAUAACUUUACUUGAUAACUAAACAUAACGGACUUUAACGAACCGCCGCGUGCUCAGCUCGUAUCGGUGCCUGCUGUAGCUUUCGACUUUGACAGUCACUACGACUAGAAGUUCAGCCCGGUUCCAGACGUUCCAGUCAGCCAGAGGAAAUGGGCGAUUCGGGCCCAACAUACCUGGGCUUGGACCUCAGCACUCAGCAGCUGAAGGCUAUCGUCGUGGAUGAUCAGCUGAAAGUACUUGAUGAAGCUUAUGUUCAGUUUGACAAUGAUCUACCGGAGUUCAGAACAUACGGAGGAGUAAUAAAUAAAAAAGAAUCGGCAAGUGUAGCUGUAGCGCCAUGUCUCAUGUGGGUGAAAGCAUUAGAUAUGCUCCUGGACAAACUCCGUGUUUGCGGUGUAGAUUUCGCCAAGGUCCAAGGCAUUUCCGGCUGUGCCCAGCAACAUGGGACGGUAUACUGGAGCAAAGGGAGCCGCGAGUUGCUGAGGAAUUUGAGCCCGGAUAAAUUUUUACAUCAACAACUUUGUAAUGCUUUUGCUACAAACUAUUCACCGAUUUGGAUGGACUCAAGUACUUCUGCUGAGUGUGAAAUCCUUGAACAAACCGUCGGUGGUCCACAAAACUUGGCACAGAUAACAGGAUCGAAAGCUUACGAAAGAUUCUCAGGCCCUCAAAUAGCUAAAAUUUGGCGAACUCGUCCAGAUGCUUAUGCUAAUACAGAAAGAAUAUCAUUAAUAAGUAGCUUUGUGGCGAGUCUCCUCGUCGGCGACUACGCACCGAUUGAUUAUUCCGAUGGCUCCGGUAUGAAUCUUCUUGACAUUCGUACUAAAGAUUGGAAUGAUCAGCUCUUAGAGGCUAGUGGACCAGAUUUACGAGGCAAACUUGGCGAGACUGUGCCCUCGUAUACGAAUCUCGCUUCAAUCUCAAGUUACUAUGUUGAAAGGUUUGGCUUUUCCGAUCAGUGUCGAGUGAUUGCUUUUACUGGUGACAAUCCUGCUUCUUUGAUCGGAAUGCGAUUGGGCAAAGGUGACUUAGCCUGCAGUUUAGGUACAAGUGACACUUUAUUUUUAUGGCUAGAUGAUCCCAAAACACUGCCUGAAGGACAUGUUUUGUGUAAUCCUCUAGAUAAAGAUGCUUAUAUGACUAUGCUAUGCUUUAAAAAUGGAUCGUUUACACGUGAAAGAAUACGAGAUAGUGCAGCGGGUGGCUCGUGGCAAAUAUUCAACGAGCUUCUAGACAGCACACCGCGAGGUAAUUUUGGAAACAUCGCUCUGUACUUCGACGCUCCGGAAAUAAUUCCAGCGCUCGUUGGCGAUCAUAGGUUCAACAAAGCCGAUGACAAAAUAUCGAGAUACAGUUCCAAAGAAGUGGAAGUGAGAGCUCUUAUUGAAGGGCAAUUUAUAGCCAAGAGAGCUUACGCUGAAGAUUUUGGAUUUGUUAUUGCUUCCAACAGCCGUAUUAUUGCUACUGGUGGUGCGUCAGCCAACAAAACUAUGCUGCAGGUUCUUGCCGAUGUAUUUAAUGCUCCAGUUUACACAACUGAAGUCGCCAAUUCUGCAGUACUAGGUGCAGCUUAUCUAGCAAAAUACGCUUUGCAUAGAGAUAAAAAUAAUUUUCAAGAAAUUACUAAGUACAUUCCUGAACCACAACUUUUAUGCACGCCGUACAGCGACGCUGAAAGUAUAUAUAAGCCAAUGGUGGCGCGUUAUCGAAGAAUUGUUGCACAACUAUUGAAACAAAAUGCCAGUAGCUGAAUUUUUUUAUAGUUAGAUAAAGAUAAUCAUUUUUUUUAAUAUUCACGUCAUUCCAAGAACAAGUAGCCUUAAUAUAAUUUAUUUUCUAAUAAUAUUUUAUAAGAGGUCCUUAAUCGAUAAGUAAAAUUAAAAAAAUCAAUCUUAUAACUAAAGUCACACUAUAAAGAUACAUUAUAAAUUCGCUGAUAAGCGAAAAUAAUUAAGUUAAAAAUUA